AUGCGCAUGCCCGGCAUCCAUCGCUGCCACCCUCUGCCCCACCACCUUAGCAAGUUUCUGUAAAAAAAAGAUUAAUUCUUGGUUGCAGAAGUUGUAUAGACCGAGAGAAUUUCAAUGGAGGACAGGCAAGCACCAGGGAAGGCUUUGGUGGUCGGCGGCAGCAUAGCAGGUCUAUCUUGUGCCCAUUCCUUGAUUGCCGCAGGUUGGGAGGUGAGAGUGAUAGAGAAAUCCUUAUCUCCACCUUCCAGUAGUCCAACAGGAGCAGGUCUCAGCCUGGACCCUCAGGCUAGGGAGAUUGUCAGCUCUUGGUUAUCAGAUCCAACCAUCCUCCAUGAUUCCUCCUUGCCUCUUGACAUAGAACUGCUGCAGUUCGUGGAUGGUAAGAAGGAUAGGAAGAUUGUUGCAAGAGAUGAUAAUUUCAACUACAGAUGCUUCCACUGGACAGAUCUGCACUCACUUUUAUACAAAGCUUUGCCCCCAGAUACAGUUCUGUGGGAUCAUCACUUUCUCUCUCUAAUCAUACCGGAAAACAAAGCUUCUGUUCGGAUCAAAGUUAAAAUCCCUCACACUGACGAGAUGAAGGAAUUUUCUGGUGACUUAUUAAUUGCUGCUGAUGGGAGCAUGUCCCUUAUUCAACGCCAUUUUCUUCCUGGUCACAAGCUAAGGUAUUCUGGUUACUCAGCAUGGAGAGGAGUGUAUGAUUUCUCAGAAGAUAUUAGCUCAGACACCAUUGAUUCCAUUCGUAGUGCUUAUCCUGAACUUGGAAAAUGCUUGUAUUUUGAUCUGGUUUAUGGAAACCAUUGCGUUCUUUUUGAGCUCAUAAACAAGCGGCUCAACUGGAUAUGGUACUUCGACGCACAAGAGCCAGACAUCAAGGGAAGAUCUGUGACCAUGAAAGUGAACCAGGAGAUGAUUGAGAAGAUGCACACAGAUGCUCAAAGAAUGUGGAGCUCUGAAUUGGCUCAGCUUAUGAGAAAAACAAAAGAGCCUUUCAUCAAUGUAAUAUAUGACAGUGAUCCUCUCCCUCAGUUAUUCUGGGAUAAUGUGGUGUUGGUAGGCGAUGCAGCUCACCCUACAACACCUCACUGCUCCAGAAGCACAAACAUGGCUGUUCUUGAUGCUGAGGUCUUAGGCCUCUGUGUGAAGAAGUGGGGAGCGGGGAAUUUGGGCCUAGCAUUGCAGGAAUAUCAGUCUAUUCGAUAUCCAGUGAUCUCAAGGCAAGUUCUGCACUCGAGACAUGCCGGACGCCUCAAGCAAGGGCUUCCUCUUCAAGAUAACACUGCUUUCAAUCCAAAAGAAGCUAGCAAAGAGGAGGCUGCUGGGAUUCUGCAUAAAAGCUUGCCAUUCUUUUAUAAAGCUCCUGUGUCCAUGGACCAGUAAGUUUGGUCUUUUCUAUCUUCUAUGCAUUACAAAAUCUUGUUCAGAUUGAUUGUAGUUUUUAAGCACAAUGACACUUGUGGCCAUGUGGGUAUGAAGAAGCAGAGGUGAUUGGUGAUAAGUAGGCUAAGCCCACUACGCCGCCGCCCUGCUUCUGCGCCCACUUCAUCCGCGUUUUUCAAAAGUUGUCUCCAUGUUCUCCUGCCAAGUCAGAUAUCUGUAAGUAACGAACCGGGUUACUAUGGUAAUUCACUCAUGUACAUCCUUUCUAUAUAGCACAGUGUAAUACAACUCAGUGGAUAUGAAUGAAAGCCAUGAGUUACUGUUCA